CCUGCUCGUCUUUCAAUGUUGUGAUGUUUGUUGCUCGUCGUGACUCCGUCGACGAGAGCAACUGGACUGUCGUCUGCUCGGAAGUCAGUGCACUUGUCGACGAUCAUGAGGGAGCAGACCGAGCGAAGAGCACAGACAGAGAUGCUUAUGACGUCAGCUUGUUCAACCUGCAGACUGUGACGAGGAGACAUUGGAAGACGGACGAGACACGGAGUUGCUGUGCCAAUGAGAUGUGUGGGAAGAAGUUUACGUUGACGCAGAGGAGGAAGCACUGCAGGAGGUGUGGUGAUAUUUUUUGCUCUGAUUGUACUGGAUACAGGAGGAAGCUGAACAAGUUUGCUCAACCUGAUCCACUGAACGGUGAAAUGCAGCCAGUCUGCUCCUUGUGUUAUGAUCAAGGCCCACAGACAGUGGGGAUGUGGAGGUCAUGGACGUCGACAUUCAAUGCAAUGCGAAGUCAUCAGAGAGCAAGAAGGCAAAGCACUAGACAACGAUUAACGUCGUCACCGAGGAUUAACAGUAUUUUAAUGAGACGACAUCUGGCUGUCCAAGAUGAGCUACAGCGUUUGUUGAAGGGAUUUCAGUCAAAAGCUGGGACGCGGGUGAAGUCAACAGUUGUUGAGUUGGCUACACCACUGGGUGUCCCAGAUUGGCAGAAAUCUCGAUGUUGGGAGGAGAGUAGUGCGAUUUCAAACUGUACAGACUGUUUGUGCGAGUUUGGAAUUUUUAAGAAGAAACAUCACUGCAGGGUGUGUGGAUAUAUUUUCUGUGGUAAGUGUUGCACAUCGGAUCUCCUAAUUUAUCUCCCAGAGAAUUCAAAUUGUCAACCAUUGUGGGCUCUCAAUGGCAAGGAAGGAUGUCCUGAUAAGAAACCUGAUGUUUGUUUGCUUCUAAUGGUGUGUGUUAAAUGCUCGGCCGCUUUGGAAAAAUUGAAAUGCCAAGAACUGUUUUCUUCUGUUGAAGAGGAGGAGAAUGCUUUGUCAAGUAUCAGUUUGCUGCACAGUCGCUUACUGAGACUGCAAACACAAUUGGAAGAAUCCAUACCAAGGUAUCAAGAUGUUGUUGAUGAGCUGAAAAUUGGGGAGACGGGUCCUACUGCUAUGCCAUCUGAUCCUAAUUUUAUCAAGUUGUUAGCGAAACUGCAGGGAGACAUAUCUGACCAUAUGACAAACUUUGCAGUUUGUCUCCAACGGAUUAAGACAAUCAAGCCAUCGACUUCCACACAACAGUUACUGAGGGGACGGAUUGCUAAAGGAAAAGUUGAUUUCUACCACAACCAGCAAUGUCGAUUCCGCGGAUUGAAGGUUUUGCUACAAUCUCAUGUUUCUCCAGAGCUACUUGAAAUGGUGCAAGAUGAGAUGGAUUUUAAGUCUAUUCAAUCAGCAUACAUUAUAAUCAGACAGAUGGCAUUGGAAGUGAUUCGGCUGGCUGUCAGGCACAAAUUGGAUGAGGACAUUCCUUACUUAUGGACAGGACCAGAAGAAAUAUGUGGACGUGAGUUUCAGCGAGUAGUGGAGGAGAAAGGAGAGUCAUGGGAAAGCCAGGCAGGGCAAAUCGAAGCAUUACUGAAGAUCCAAAUGGAGAAUCACUGCCUUAUUCGUCCUUCAAAGAAACUUACUCAACGGUUGGGUAAACGUCACGUGAUCCCAUUCAUGCUUACAAGGCUGGAGGCGUUGCUGUUGCAGACGGCCCGACAGCUGGAAACUAAGACAUCUGCGAAGAAGUAUAAAGAGACGAAGAGAAGUAUUCGAGACUUGCAAGUGGCAAUAAGUCGUUUAGCCCAGAAUUGUACUCAUUAGUGUCAAUCGAUCACUCAUCGGGAUUUCUUAUUGUACACAAUAGUUGUGAGUCGUUCCUGCUAUAAAUAAAGUAGUAAAU